AUGCAUCUCUCCAGCAGCGCCCCGACAGCCUCGUCAAUGUCCUCGCCCGAGCCCAUUCACGCAACGCCCCCGACCUCGAGUCCUAUUCCUGCCAUGCCCUCCCCCGCCAAACGCAAAAGAAGAGUUCGUGUCUUCAGGCCAGACGAAGGGUCUCUCUACGACCAGAUGUGGGAUCAUGCUGGACUCUCCCUCUUCGUUCGUCCCAUCUGCUGGACCGAGCUGCAUGUUCAACUCCUCGAUGCCAAGUUCGUUGAGCUUCCUCCAUGCGACACGCCAGUCCCUCCUCCUUCACCACGCGGCGCCCCGGUCUCUCCGUCGAAAUGUCACAUGAAGCCCUCGGUUGCGGCCUCGACACUUAGCAGAGAACUUACGGCCAUGCUCGCGCCCGGCUCCACAAGAACCUUCUAUACAAAUUCCGUCCGCACAAUCAUGUCCACCCUCUACCCGGGGAAGCUGUCGCGCACCCGAACACAGCUUGAUUUGCACCUCUAUUUCGGCGGUCUAGUGUAUCGCGAUGCCUGUCGCGUACAGGUUGCUUGGGAUGCGAUGCCCUCGCGCAGCGGCUCGAUCGCCUCGUUUGAAUCCGCGUCAACGCGACCAGCUGAAUCCUUCACUGUUGUGCCGACGGGUUCUAAUGGUAGCGCAAGCAACCUGAGCGGCGAACAUACUGCUUACGCUCAGUCGCUGCCCGUCCUUGCUUACGUUGGCAAGAUGCAGAUCGCGGCGACACGAAAGAACAUGUACCGCGUGAUUCAAGGACCUAACAGAUCGUACAACGGGCCGGUCGAACGUCUACAACAGUUGCGCUCCAAGAUGUUUGUUCCCAGCAACCCGACGCACGACCCGUUGCUUGUGGGCAUCAUGUUGGCUAUGGCGCAGAGAAGGUUUCACGGCGAACCACGGCCGUCAGCGAAUAAGUGGGUUCCCUCACGGCCCAUGCCCAUCGGACUAGGAGAGCCUGAAUUUUACGAUGUGGCGGUACAGCUACUCACAAAUGACAAUGAGACAUCCGAGUUCAUCGUUUACAAGGCCACGGUCACGGCAGAUCUGCUUCGCAAGUUCCACGAGCCAACCAAGAACCCCCGUAAAGGGACCGAAAAUACACUUGCUGAGAGAAUCGGAGAGGUUGCAUCCGAGGGUGGCAUGCGCAUCGAGUACACAAGAGUGCCCGUCUGGCCGAUCCUCGGACUCAAGGAGAGAUUGGGCAAGGCGCUUGGCAAGGACGUCGUGGGAGAGUUUGAUGAGGACAACAUCGAGACAUGGGAGGAGGAAGCGGAGCCAAAUCCCGACAAGCUCAAGCGACGAAGAGAUCGCGAGGCCCUCGUUGAAGUGUUUAAUGGCAGCUUCGAAGAAGAGGCUCCAGCCGACGGUAUGCCUCUCAGUGGGAAACGAAGAUGUUUAGUUGACGAGGAAAGCGGGCAGGUGGGCAUGGUCGUCUGA